CUGCUGGAUAGGGAAUAUCUCAGUGCUGGGGUCCGAGAGAAGAAGACGCACCUCUCCAACAUUCUGCGCCGAGUCCUGUCAGACAAAGAGCCGUCUUUCAAGCCAGAGAUCCAGAGUGGUCUGCCAGCCCCACCUCAGAUGCCCCUCCCAGAUAUCCCUCAUCCCUGGCUGGCUCCCAACACUGCCCCUCCUCCAUUGCCCAGUUCCUCACUUCCAGAAGGUUACUAUGAGGAGGCGGUUCCUUUAACUCCGGGGAAAGCUCCUGAGUACAUCACCUCUAACUAUGAUUCCGACGCCAUGAGCAGUUCCUACGAGUCAUAUGAUGAGGAAGAGGAGGAUGGGAAGGGACAGAAGAUGCGUCACCAGUGGCCAUCUGAAGAGGCAUCCAUGGAUCUUGUGAAAGACGCCCGGAUUUGUGCCUUUCUGCUACGCAAAAAACGCUUUGGCCAGUGGACCAAACUGCUCUGUGUCAUCAAAGACGAUAAACUGCUUUGCUACAAGUCUUCCAAGGAUCACAACCCCCAGAUGGAACUGACUCUGUCAGGAUGCAGUGUUACUCACAUUCCCAAAGAUGGCAAGAAGAAGAAGCAUGAACUAAAGAUAUUCCACCAGGGGGCUGAUGCCCUGGUGCUGGCUGUACAGAGCAAAGAACAAGCUGAAGAAUGGCUUAAGGUAAUGAGAGAGGUGUGUGUUAUCGGGACGGCAGAUGUGGAUGGAGCUGGAUCGGGAUCACCAGUGCACAAACCUGCACUGGAAAAGAAAGCCUCAUGUGACCGACCAAGCUCAGACGGUGAAGGAAUUCAUGAGAAUGGACACAGCGACUGCAAGGACCAAGGAAAAGCAAAAAAAAAUCCCAAGUCAGAGCAGAAAACUGGGACGAUGGCAAAAGGAGCAGGCAAGAAAAUCACCAAGAUUAUUGGGUUGGGUAAGAAAAAGCCUUCCAUGGAUGAACAGACUUCAUCUGCAGAGGAAGAUGUACCCACCUGUGGCUACCUGAAUGUUCUGUCCAAUAACCGCUGGAGAGAGCGCUGGUGCCGCCUAAAAGACAACCAGCUGCUCCUCCACAAGGACCAAGACGAUCUGAAGAGCCACAUUGCCUCACUGCCUCUCCGAGGCUGUGAGGUCAACCCCGGCCUUGACCACAAACACCCAUUUGCCUUCCGCCUGCUUCGCAACAGUCAAGAAGUGGCUGUGCUAGAGGCUUCUUCAUCUGAAGAAAUGGGUCGCUGGUUAGGUGUAUUACUGGCUGAGACUGGUUCCACCACUGACCCUGCCACCCUGCAUUAUGAUUAUAUAGAUGUGGAGACCACGGCUAAUGUCAUCCAGCUGGCCAAGCAGUCAUUUUGUUUCACCAGUAAGCGUGGGAUCUCUGUUGAUGGAUAUGCCUAUCCAACUGGUGUGGCCCUGCACUAUGAUGAUGUCCCCAUAAACGGAAUGGAACCAAGUGUGCAGUACUCCAGUCCCAGCACAGGGGAGCACCAACUGAAAGAGGGGGCAUAUUAUGAGAAUGCUGACCUGUAUGAGAAUAUGCCUGAACCCAAACAGGCCAAACACUGCCCUCCCAAGCAUUUACCCACUUCUGCUUCCUCUUCAUCUGCUUCCUCUUCUUCUACUGCUCACUACAAAACUCCUCAUUCUAAAAUCUCCUCCAAGUUCCUCUCUGCUGACACUCAGCUAAAGGGGAAGAAAGGAAUGACAGCCAAUGGAGUAACAUCAAAGCAGAAAGCAAUGCCAAAGAAUCAGCCCAAGAAGAAUGGAGUCAGUGGGACAAAUGGAAAAUCUGUAAAAUGUUUCAAUUCCAAUGCAGAGCAGUGUAAGUAUGGCAAGAACCGUGUGGAGGCUGAUGCCAAGCGACUGCAGGCCAAAGAGGAAGAGCUGAUGAAAAAGAAGCAGGAGAUCAGGAACCACCUGGACAAGCUGAAGAAUGAGAGGAGAGAAUUGCGCACUGUGGUGGAGGCCGCUGCCGGGAAACGUUCACAGGCGUCGCUGUCAGAGCGACUGAAGAAGGUGGAGAACGAGUGCAAGCAGAAGGAGGAGGAGCGGGUGAACUUGGAGCUGGAGCUGACAGAAGUGAAGGAAAGCCUUAAGAAAGCCCUCAGCGGAGGGGUCACCCUGGGCCUCACAAUUGAACCAAAAGCGGAAUCCUCUAGCCGACAGAUGGAUUAG